AUGCCGCCCUUCGCGUCGCUACGGGGUGCCCAGGUAGCGAAGAGUGGUUCUUUACUGACCGGUCGCUGCUUCAGCCUGACGGGGUUAGCGGAGUCGGACGCUGGCACUUCGAGCCGAGAGGAGGCCAAGACUACGAGGGAGACGCUGCACGGGAAAACUGUCGCGUGGGAGGAGAAGUUUCUGGCCGCACUGCGAGUUUACAAGGAGAUGAACAGGGACACAUUGGUGCCCUACUCAUUUAUCGCUUCAUCGGGUGACGCUCGCUGGCCGCGAGAGAUGUGGGGCUAUGCACUUGGGAACGCCGUAAGUGUUGUGCGUGCUGGAGCUAGGAAACAAGAGCUUUCGUCGCAGAUGGAGACUGAGCUGGAGAAGAUGGACUUCAUUUCCAAUGUUUUACAGUUCCGAUGGGACGAGAUCGUUAUGCCGGGCUCGCCUUCAAUAAUCCAGAACGACUGCUGA